CUGUAGUUACAAUCUAUUGGGAAAAAAAGACAAAAGUGGUCCCAUUCACCUAAAAUUAUUCUAUUUCAUUAGUUGCAAUCUACCUAUCUUUCUUGCUUAACUUAGAUAAGGCCUACUUCUCCUCCUUUUGGCCAACUCUUGUGUUUGUAUCUCUUUGUUCUCUUCUCAUUUUUUCCCACUCAGAUUUCAUAUAUUUUUGUUAGUUUCUCACCCCACUUCUUCUUCUUUCAUGUGCUUUGUUCCACUUCAAACUGCAACCUUACAAAACAAUCUUAGCCCUACUCUUCCACUCUCUUUUUAUUGGCUCAUAAAAACAGGAUAUAUGUCUUUUAGACACAACUCAUUCUGUUAUUCUAUGUUCAAUCAACCAAGUGUAAACUCAUCAUUCCAACUCUCUUGUCAUUUCUACACUUCCCUUUUGGAAUUAAACUAAAAUCCCACUUCAAGAUUUAUUUUAUUUCACUUGAAUAUUUCUUUAAGUACUUUAACAUCAUCUGCUCGCAGAUCGUAAGGUAGGGAUAAAGUCUGCAUACAUAUUGCCCUCCCCAAACUCCAGUUGUGAGAUCUCACUAUAUAAUUGAUUAUUCUUGGUUGUUUUUGCUAUACUUUUGGUCAAUGAAGGAGCCUGAAAUGGCAAUUCCUCCCUUAUUUAGGUGUCCAAUAAGCCUAGAUUUGCUUAAAGAUCCAGUCACUUUAAGCACAGGCCAAACAUAUGAUAGAUCCAGCAUUGAAAAAUGGCUAUCUUGUGGCAAUUCAACUUGUCCUGUUACAAUGCAGAAACUCAAUGACUCUUCUAUUGUACCAAACCACACCCUUCGCCAUUUGAUUCAUCAAUGGCUUCAAUUAAACUGCAGAAAUGGUUAUGAUCUUCAUUACUUUCAAACAAUUGAUGAUUCAAUUGUUGGUCUCAAACACAAUCUUCAGUCAAAAGAGUCUACAUUGGACACAAAAGUUCAAGCACUAGAGAAAGUUCUUGCUUUGUCAGAAGAUUUGCCUUUAGAAAACUCUUUCUUGAUUCAACUAGACUUCUUCCAAAUGAUUCUUGAAUUAGCCUUGGAAAAUGCAGUUGAUCAAAGUUCAUAUUUCCAAGAAAGUCUCAUAUUUGUGGAGAAAGCACUUGUUUGUGCAUUGAAAUUGUUGCCAUUUAGUGAUUUGGGAACUCUCAACAUGCUCAAAGAAGAUGAAUCCAAGUUUACAAACUUCUUGAUAUUAUUCAAGAAUGGGACUUUUAUCAUCAAGAAAAGCUUGUGUCAUUUAAUAGUGGCAAUUUCAUCAUCUUUGCAGUCAAAGGAACUUAUAACUAUGUUGGGUAAAUCCAAGAUUUUAAUUCAAGAACUUGUUCAUGUUAUUGAGUACAACUUAGAUGGUUGUGAAGAAUCAAUCAGAGCUCUUUCAGCAUUAUCUUCUCUCGAACAAAAUCGCGAAUUUAUAGUGAAGGAAAAUGCAGUUAAGGCACUCAUAACAUACAUUUUGAAUGCUCCAAAUUGCCAAUAUAGAAGCUUACUAGCACCAAUAGUGGCAAUGAAAACAAUUGAGACAUUGUUAGUAGUAGAAAGUGCAAAAGAGAAAGUUUUGAAUCAUCCAAAUGGUGUUAGUGCAAUUGUGAAGAUGGUAUUUAGAGUAUCAUCAGAUAAUGAAGGAAGUGAAAGUGCAGUGAAUUCUUUAAUUAUUGUGUGUCAUGAUUUCAUGCAGGCUAGGGAAGAAGCUAUCUAUAGUGGGGUUUUGACUCAGUUAUUGUUACUCCUUCAAAGCCAGUGUAGUGAGAGGACCAAAAAUAAGGCAAGAAUGUUGCUCAAGUUGUUGAGAUCCAUGUGCACUGGGGACCAAAAACAACCAUUGUAGAUUGCACAUACAUUGAUUACAUGAUUUCUCAGUUGAUGUGGCUCUUUGUCUUUGUAUUUGCUAUUAAAAUUGUAUCUAAAAAACAUAUACUGAGUUUUUUGUA